AAGAAGAGGCUGAGCUCUUUAAGGGAAGUGCAGCAAGUCGGCCAACUAUCGAGUGGCGCUGCGCAACAAUCACUGGAGGAUUUUUAAAAAAAAGCAUCUCAGGCGAAGCGGGCCAUUUAUUUUUAAACUAUCACAAUGGCCACCGAUUCGGGCUAUGGUGGCUCACAGAGUUAUGGUUCUUAUGCCGGUCAACCGGGUGGACAAAGCUAUGGUCAAGGAAAUGGUGCUGGCUCUUAUGGUGGACAGAGCUACCCUGGAUAUGGUGCUGCUACCACACCUGCCACACAAGCAGAGGGAUAUGGCCAGUCUCAGGCAGGAUAUGGUGCGCAACAGAGCUAUGCUAACUAUGGACAGGAGUCAGCUGGUGAGAAGUCUUUUGGACAACCAGCAUCAUAUGGCAGUCAAGGGCAGAGUGGUGAUAGCUAUGGACAGCAAGGAUCAUACCAGGCACCUAGCGGCGGCAGUUAUGGAAGAUUCAGUGAAGGUGAAGGUGGUGCACAGGGAUCCAGGUUUGGCCGUGACCAAGGUGACCGGUCAGAAGAAGGUGGAUACAGAGGCAGAGGUCGUGGCGGGUACGAUCGUGGCAGUUAUGACCGUGGCGGCUUUGACCGCAGUGGUGGAUUUGAGCGCGGUGGCUAUGACCGUGGUGGACGAGGCGGACCUCCUGGUAUGGGAGGUGGUGACCGUGGUGGCUUCAAAAAUUUCGGUGGCUCUCGGGACUUCGGCUCAAAGGAUGAACCAGCUGGGGAGCAGGACAACUCUGACAACAACACCAUAUUUGUCCAAGGCCUGGGAGAAGAUGCCUCAGUCCAAGAAGUGGGCGACUACUUCAAGCAAAUUGGUAUUAUUAAGUUGAACAAGAAAACUGGCCAGCCUAUGAUCAACCUGUACUCUGACAAGGCCACUGGUCGGCCAAAGGGAGAAGCUACAGUGUCAUUUGAUGACCCACCUUCUGCCAAAGCCGCCAUUGAUUGGUUUGAUGGCAAAGAAUUCAACGGCAAACCCAUCAAAGUGUCAUUUGCCACACGCAGAGCUGAGUUCACGCAGCGAGGUGGUGGUGGCGGCGGCGGCGGUGGUGGAGGACGAGGGGGAAGAGGAGGUUUCAGAGGUCGUGGUGGUGGUGGAGGUGGAGGUCCUAACUUUGACAUGAAGGGAGGAGACUGGCCAUGCCCCAACAGUUCUUGUGGCAACAUGAAUUUCGCUCGGCGACAAGAGUGUAACAAGUGUGGUGCCCCCAAACCUGGAGAUGCAGGAGGAGGAUUUGGAGAUCGUGGCGGCAGAGGCGGUUUUGGAGGGGACAGAGGUGGGUUCCGUGGCCGUGGAGGAUUCCGUGGUGGCGACCGUGGUGGUUACGGAGGUGACCGCGGCGGUGGAUAUGGAGGAGGAUACAAAAUGGGAGGAAGGGGCGAUCGAAGGGAUGACCGAAGAGAGAGGCCAUACUAAAGUCCUACUAGAUUAGACUGACGUCACUCCAGCCACACAGUCUGCCAUAGACCGAGGGCUUGGUCAGUGUGGGGGAGAGGGGGGAAAGCAUGACUUGUGUAUGCAUAAACGGGAGAGCGGGAAGGUUUCCACUAUGACAAGGACUCUUUGGCUGUGGUGUGUGCUGGAAUGGUUUUGUUUUAUUUCUUUGUACAUCUUUUAAUUUUCUGUUCCAUUGGUGCAGAUGUUGUGUGGUAGACUUCGUACCAUUAUUUUGUAUGAACGAAAUAAAAUUGUUUUACUUUGUUUCUACCCAGACCCCCAAACAAAUAUUAAACUGUGAUCUUUC